AACAAAGCAGGCAGCGCGAAAGCGAGCGCAAGAGCCUGGUCCGAGUUGAGUCUGCUGCGUCGGCAAGGCAGAAUGAGUAGCAUACCGGGUUUUCGGCGCAAAGCUCGCUCGCUCAUUUAACAACGAUGCUCUGCAUUUGGGCCUGCCUCAACUGUACAUGUAUCAAUAUUUGCCUAAAAAAUCCCAACAGUUCGGCAUUGUUGGUCAUUUCUCAAUACUGCGGCUCAUCUGUCAUCAUCCUGUUGUUCAUCAACUUGUUGUGGGCUUUGGUCGCGCAGAGUUGGAGAGCCUCUGCCAGUCACACUCUCGUUGCCAUUCAUGUAGGGUAGAUGCCGAGGAUAAUUGGCAGCGACCAGAUUAUAGCCACCAAUUCACUUCCAGGUCGCAGUUGCAGCAGUCGCGCCUCGGUACUCGUUACCAUCACCUUCGCAACAUCUCGAAAGCCAUCGCCUCUGCCGGCGCUGAAUAGCAGACUGCUGAGCAGAGACGGAUGUGGUUCAGCACUCAAUAGCUUCGUAGUCACCGCGGCAGAGAAUUCAAUUCUCCAUUGCGGUAUUGGGUCCCGUAAAACGCAGGACGGUUGCUGCUUUUGGAAUGCGUAGGCUGA